AUGGCAACAGUCAAGGCGACGGGUAUCAAACCCGAGAUAACGCCGAUAGAAAUCAGAGAUCGCCGAAACCAAGCACCGCCCGGCUAUUCACAACCCAGCAAGUCUGACGUCUCCGUCAUCCAAUACGACUCUGCGCUCGAAUCCAUCAUCGGCUCCAGGCCCACACACGCCCUGCUCCUCUCAUCUGCAGAAGGCACUGGCAAUGCGUUCUUCCACCGCGGCUGCGUCUACAACCCCUCCCGCAAUGAACUCUGGACGACCUCCGCUCCCCUCGCGGCAACCGACCCCUCGAGGCCCUCAACCAUCCUCAUGUCCAAGGUGACAAUCACCGCAUCCCCGCGCGGCGAUUCCCUGACCGCCGAGUGGGCCAAGCUCCGGCCCCCGCCCGCGAUGCCGAUGCCGGCCAACGGCUGUCUCGCAGCCAACGGGAUUCUUUGGUGCUCCCAGGGAACGAUGCAUCCCGGGACCGGAGGUGUGUUCCACAUGCCCGCAGGGCAGCCGCCGAAAGCCGUGGCCACGACGUACUACGGCCGCGACUUCAACUCGCCCCACAGCGCGGCCGUCUCGGGCGACGGCGUGUGGUUUACGGAUCCGUGUUGCGGGCACGAGCUGGAUUUCAGGAGCCCGCCGCAGCUGCCGCCUUCGGUGUAUCGGUAUGACCAGACGGCGAGGGAGGUGAGGGCCAUGGCGGAUGGCUUUGUGAGGCCGACUGGGAUUGCUGUCGACGAGGCGUCGUCGACGCUUUACGUUGCAGAUGCCGGAGGAGUAAAGGCUGAUGGGAGUUUGGAUUUAGUGCAACCGAGGAGCAUCUACGCAUUCGACAUUGUGAAAAGAGGGGACGCAAUCUUUUUGGCGAACAAGCGUUUAUUUGCUCUGGCUAGGAGAGCUUCACCUUUACAUCUCAUGUGCGAAAACGGCAACGUCUGGGCAGCCUGUGGUGACGGCAUCGAGAUUUGGAACAACGGUGGCUCAUUGCUGGGUUUGAUCAAGGUGGCAGGUACCGUGACGACAAUGAUUGACAUGAAGAGGGUCAGAUGGUCCAGCAUCGUGUUGGUGCUCAUCUGGGCGUUUUCACCUUUGGGAGGCCAGGCCGCUCUUCGAGUUUUACUCAAGAAGCCCGAAGCCGUCGUCUCAUUUGCCGAACUCCCAUAUCUAGAUGUCAACACUUCGUUUCCAGCGCAAUACAUUGGCAGCAACAUAGGAAAUGCGCAGCUCCCGAUCAAUUCUCUCGUCUACAGCGCUCUUGGGGCAUCUGAGGAGGUCAGGCAGUCCAGCCAAGACACAUCUGGCAACGUCAAGAUCCCCAUGGUUGAGCCCUUGCUUGGUCGUCAUAGCACGAAGGCAGACGAGUGGAUCACCUUGGACGAUGAAGACAGGGCCUCGAUAAUCUGGUCGUCACUCAUCGGCAUUCCUUUCGGCAAUAUCUCGCGAACAGGCAGGACCAGCUUCAACCUGGAAACUUCGUACCUCAAGAUGGACUGUCCCAUCUUCGAAGAGAGUGAAGAUGCCAGUAAAUUAGUAGUUGACGGAGGACUGGACUGCACGAUACCCAUCAAUGGGCAAACGUUCAACUGCACCACACUCACCUCAUGGGGAGGUCUGUCGACAACGCCGUACCCAGACGGUAGAACAAACGGCACCCGUCGACGCUGCAUUGAUCCGACCGCGUCGGCGCGCGACUUUCAUUACUUUGACUGGUCACCGGCAAAAGACGAGCCAACAUAUGCCAAGUGCAAGAUCAACUCUACGUACGUCGAGACUCACAUCGCCUGCGACGGCUACGACUGCACCCCCACAGCGAUACGAUCGUCGGUCUCGCCCAGGAACCCGAGCGCCAACUUCACAUUCUUCGACAGCUGCCAGAGCGAAAAUGAACUUGCCAGUUUGUACUUCCAGAACCUGUUCAAAAGCCUCACGGACCCCACCAACCGGCAGAAGAGCCCGUCGAUUAUCCAGACGUACAUAGUUGAUCCGGACAAGGGGCUAAAUGCGACGGCGGUCUUCGACCUCCCGCGAGCGAUCCACGCCGGGAGAGAGAAUUUUGAGAUUCGGAUGGCGCAACUUCUCAAUACCUACUGGCUAGCCACCAUAGCAAGCGAGCCUCUUGUCCUGGGGCAUCCGGAAAACGAUGAUAUGCUGAGUUAUCGCAACACGGUCCACGCGACCAACUUCACCUCGACGAACGCAACUGUUUUCACGCCGAUCACCGUUCUUCGGUACAACGCCACGUGGAUGGUUAUACUCAUCAUAUCUGUGGUUGUCUUGUUUACCGCGGCCAUUGCCGGUCUGUUGAUAGACUUUGGGGUCUGGGUACCCAAACUGCUCUUGAACAUCAACUCUUGGGAGGUUUGA